AUGGCCAACUUACCAAUUCUACAAUUCAAGGGCGCACAAAGGCCGCCUUUGACCAUUGUAGGGUCUCAUUUGGGUUCAGGAUCGGUCAGCUUUACUAAUGUGAAAAAGAGAUCGUUUGGGGAUGACGAAUCUCCUCCAAACUCUAGCCAACCUGCCAAAGCGAAGUUCGAUCGAAUCGUGGAGGAGUUGAAGGUCAUUGUACAAAGAGUAUUGGGCGGUCAACCACUCCAGAGAUCGUAUUCCUCCAUUUACAAGGAUGUUGAGUUGGUGUUGAUGUUCAAGCACUCGGAACAGGGAAGGCUUGCUGAUUGGGUUAUUAAAUCCAUCGAUGACCACUUUGAUGCUUCUGAGGUGAAUACAUUUAGAGGUAUCUUUGAACGAGAAAUUGAUGAUCCGUAUGUUCUUGCUAGGGCUUUCUUGGAGACAGAACGUAAAUGGUCAGAAAAGGUGAAUCUCAUAAGAAGGUUGUUCCUGGUUCUAGAUAGGGCAUACUUAUUUCAGCAUCCCAAAAAGAAGGAUAUCUUGACUCACAAUUGCGAACUCUUUAUGUCAAGACUAUUCAAGGAUGAUUUCAAUGGUAACAUUUCUGCCUUUGGGGAAACCUUAAUCAAGUUAUGUGAGCAGACAUGCUACUAUCCAAAUCGAACAAAGGAUGUGGAGUUUGAAAAGACAGCACGCGAUUUGUGCUUUUUCUUGAAGAUCAUGAAUGGUAUCGUCAACUUUUCUUUCGAUAGCCUUUUUCAAAAACUGACUAUUGUUAACUACACAAAGCUACAACAUAUUUGGUUGGAAGAUGAGAAAUCCUACUUGUUGAAUGUAAUGGGGGCUCUCGACACAGAGCAUUCAUUUCUCACGUCGAUUGGCUUCGAACCAGACUUUGUCAUGACGACAAUAAGGAAGUUACAAUGGCUCUUGAUAUUUAGUGACUUAACCGAUGUUCUCUAUCCUUCAAUACCCACUUUGAUAGAGCCCGAAAACCACCAACAUUGGAAGUCGCUCUUGGAAGUCUCGACAAUCUCGCAGUCCUAUUAUGGAGUUGAUUCGAUGAAAGGUAUUUUACAUGGGUGGAGAAAAUAUGUCGCCGAUGAAGCUGACACGGUUAUCACCGAGUGUAAGUCGUCUGCAAGUCCGGUUAUACCUCGAUUGGUUCUGUUGUGGAACAAAUUAAAUGAUAUUUGUUUUAUCUAUGACGAACCUGACCAACUUACUUUUGAAGUAAGAGGGUCUAUGAGUAAGGUCAUAUUGCAGAAGCAACACAAUCGAUUCGUCUUGUUGCAGCUAUCUAAGUUCUGCGAAACGAUUUUGAAGCUGUCAGCUGAUAAUGAAGAACAAUUCGACAAAUCGCUUCUGGAUGCUCUCGUGGUUUUCAAGCUCAUCUCCAACAAGAACGAGUUCCUUCUCAUAUAUGAGCGAGAUGUGUCCCGAAGGUUUCUCUUGGGUAGGAAUUUCAAUCUCCAAGCGGAGAAGAAGUUGUUUACAGCAAUCUUCAAUCUUUUGGGUGACGGUUCUGAGACCACGAACUUGACCAAUAUGUUCAGAGAUAUUGAGACUUCGGUAUCUCGAUACAGCGACAUCCAUUUGAAUGCAUCUCCGUCAGUUCAGUUCAAUGCCUUAGUUCUUGAGGGGAACUAUUGGCCCGAGAUGCCCAAGCAGGGUGCCAAUGCGAUUAUUCCUGCUAUUCUAAGUGAGAUGCUUGGGGAAUUCACUGCCAAAUAUGUUUGUGAGUCUGACAAGUACAAGUUCCACGUUCUUGACUGGAGUAAUUACACAUUCCAUCUGCUCACUAUUCGAGUCAGAUUCAAAUCAGGCACGAAAGAAUUGACUUUAACGUUGGUCCAAGCUAUUGUGUUGAUGUUAUUUGAGGACCUGAACGUUCUCGACUUGGAGGAUAUUGCGAACAAGACUCAAUUGGAAGAACGGCUCUUGAAUAGAGUAGUGUCCUCACUCUCCUCAGACAGAUACCCUAUUUUGCAUGUGAAUGGUUCAAUGAUCUCGUUUAAUGAGAGUUUUUUUGAUAAGUCGUCAAAAAUCAGGAUCCCAUUGGGCCGUGAGAAAGAAGUACUGACCAAAGACGAAGCUACCAGAAAGAUCGCCAGAAGCCGGACUUCUGAGAUUCGAGCAGCGCUAGUGAGAGUGAUGAAGGCAGAAUCGGUAUUGACGUACCCAGAACUUCUCGGCAAAACAACCGAAAUACUUAAGGUUCCAGCCUCGGUGCAAGAUUUGAAGGUUCAGAUUGAUCACUUGAUUACAGCUGAGUUCUUUAGACGAGGAAAGGAGGACAACACUUUGCAUUACAUUCCAUAA